AUGGCAGAAACAGUAGCAUUUAAUGCUCCCACCACAGAGGCUUCAUCUUCUUUACAAGACAAGUAUAAUCUUAGUGAUCCUCUGUUUUUGCAUCCUGGAGAAAAUUCGGGAGUAAUUCUCACUUCUCAACCAUUGAUUGGGGGAGAAAAUUAUCCUCUUUGGGCAAGAUCAAUGAGGAAAUCUCUAAUUGCCAAAAACAAGUUAGGAUUUAUUGAUGGAUAUUUAACCAUGUCUUCACUAUUGGCGAAUUCUCCAAAUGUUGUUCAAGCAUGGGUUCGUGUUGAAAAUAUGGGAGUUACCUGGAUCAUCAAUUUUGUAUCACCAAAGCUCCAAGGAAGCAUUAUCUAUAGAGAUACUGCUUUAGAAAUUUGGACUGAUCUUCGAGACACUUUCAUUCAAGGAAAUGGAACCAAGAUCUUAAUAUUCAGAAGCAAAUUGCUAAGAUUCAUCAUGGGGAGCAAUCACUCACUAAUUAUUUCACUCAUCUCAAGAUUUUGUGGGAUCAAUUGCAAAAUUUGA